ACCAGGCGCAGGGAGAUAAAAACUUAAGAAUGAGCUUUCUGAGUGGCCAAGCACCGUAAUGUAAUCCUCUUUUAAACACUAAAACCAUUUUCCUUUCUCCCUUCCAAGGCGUAGGUAAAACAAUUUCCUGAUACCAGUAUUCGCUCUGCCAUUCUCCUCGCCUUUUAAGUUUGGCUUGUAUGAACUGAUCCCACUUCCAGUUUACAAUGUAUUCAUUAAAUAUAUGCCAAGCUAGAACCGGAAAAAUCAUUCUAACAAAUAUUUCUCGCCAAAACAAUAUGAAAUAUUGCUGCUAUAAGGUCAAGCAAGGAAUUUCUUGUAGCGCAGACAUGGUCGCUUCUGUAUCGCUUCAAAAAUAUUAUGAAGCUUUUGCGAAAAGAAUGAAAAUGGCUGGCAUUAAACCUCAUCACAGAAUCGCGAUUGGAGUAUCAGGUGGUGCAGACAGCAUGGCAUUGUGUAUACUUGCUUCUCAAUGGAAGUGUACUGAACUCGGUGAAAAUGCGAUGACUGGUGCUUAUGUGAUUGGACUUGAGGGCUUUAUAGUUGACCACGGCCUUCGUUCUGAGAGUAGUAAAGAAGCUACUUGUGUUCAAAACUGGGUUUCAAAGAUCGGCAUUCGUUGUGACAUUUCAAAAUGCGAAUGGCCCAAUGGCCCUCCAAAGCAAGGACAUUUGGAGGAAGCUGCUCGUAAUGCUAGGUAUAAGAUCCUGAAGGACAAAUGCAUGCAAUAUCGGAUAGGUGUGCUACUUGUUGCUCACCAUGCUGAUGACCAGGCUGAGUUGUUUGUGCUGAGACUUUCGCGUCAUAGUGGUGUGGCUGGUCUUGCUGGCAUGGCUUUUGUAUCUCAGUUGUUUGCAGAUACUUCCUCUGCCUACAGUUGUACAUGUGAUGAUUAUAGUGUUCUUCUUGUCAGGCCAUUGUUAUAUUUCAUCAAGGAUGAUCUCUACAAAAUAUGUAAAGAUUCUGGUCAACAAUGGGUUGAGGAUCCUUCAAAUCGUGACUUGGCAUUCGCUCGUAAUAGAAUUCGUAGCUUACUGAAUAACUUCCAGUCAUGCAAAUUCAGAAGUGAAGUACAAACACUUAUUGCUGGAUGCCGAAGAGUACGAGAAGUUUUAAAUAGGACUUGUGAUAAUUUGGUGAAGGAAGUAUUGUCUCUUGAUGCUGAAUAUGGUUACGCUGUAGUGGAUGUUCAUAAACUCUCUGCAAGAAAUGUCGGUGAUUUACGGCUUUCACGGUUUUUGGUCUUGGUAUUGCAGUUCAUUUCUCAAAAGCAAAAGCCUGUCAGAGGAAGAGCUAUUGAAUUGCUUAUCAACUACAUUCGCAAUUAUCCAUGCAAGAGUUCACUGACCAUAGGUGGUUGCAUAAUAUGUCCUGCUGCCGGUUCUAAAGGCUUAAAAGUCUUGAUUUGCUUUUGUGAUUCUCCUCGGGCAACAUCAUCUCAAAAUCAUAUUUUGCAGAAGUUAUACAAGGAAGAUUUUCAAUCUGUUAUAGAUGAAGUUAAAGAUAUAAUUUGUUUCUCCCAAGAAUUCUCAAGUAGUCUAGACGAGGUUGAAUCAGAUGUGUCAUUUUUGCAUGUGGAAAGAACAGAGGCUGUUUUGGAUGAAGCUAAGAAAUUGCAACUUAUUUCUGGCUCAACAUUAUCCACACUUCUUUCCCUAAGAGAUGAGAUGUUGAAAGAUUUUGGCAUUAAGCUUGAAGAUGGCAAUUUUGGAGAAACUGUAUCAAGAAAUCAAACUAUUGAUAGAUCAGUAUUUGAAAAGGUGUCAAUCCCAUUUGAACAGUCAUACUAUUUUAUGAACAGGUUUGUCAUCUCUUGUGAAAAAGCAAAAUAUAAUCAGUAUCAAAAUAUAAAACAUCUUGAUGCAGCGUAUGGUGGCGUAUUGGGUCAGAUGAAUAUCAAUGCAGAUAAAAAGUGCUCUGCUUGUAUUAUUGGUGAUGAUGGGACUGCUUGGAUCCGUUACAUGAAAGAAGCAGAUUGGAGUUACCUCUCUCACCUAGUAGAGUCUCAGCUACAAAAGAAACACUUUUUUUCCUCAAAGAUUGAUCAAGAGAGAAUGACAUUAGGAGUGCAUGCUACAGGACAGGAAAGACAAAAUACAAACAUUUGUUCAGAUUAUGUAAUAAAGAAGGCGAGAGAAGCUCUUGUAAGAUUAAAGACUCUCCCAAUACCAGCAAGAAGAGGCUUACCUGUACUUGUGAAUAGGCAAGGUACUCUACUUGGGAUUCCGAGUGUUCACUUCACCUCCUGCCCAUGCAUAUCUAUGUCAGCUACCUUCAAGCCCAGGGUUCCCCUUGGAGGUGGGUACAGUUCCUGGAUUUAGAACUAUCAGUAUGGUUAAAGGCUAUCUUCUGUUGAUCAGAGUUCAAGGACUUCAGAUCUACAUCUGCUUCUUGAUAGAGGAUGAUCCUGUAUUUUAGGUAAAAUGCUUGUCACAGAGAGUGCACUUCAUUUCAAACUUUGAUAUCUUAUAUUCCUGGACGGUUCAGUGCAUGUAACAUUAAAAAUAUGAUUUUUCUAUUAUUAUUUUCAAUCUCAUCUUUAGUUCAAUUGAUUUAUCUAGAAAUGUAAUUUUAGAGAGAGAGAGAGAGAGAGAGCUUAUUGAAGCUGCAUAAAAUCUGGAAAGCAGGGUGUAGACAUCGAGUCAAGUUGCAUUAUGAGUAAUUAAUAACAAGGACAAUCUGGUAUAUAGGCUAAAAACUGGUUGGUAUUGACUGCAUAUAUAAUGGUUUGUUGGAAGCUUUGAAUUGCUACCGUUGGGCAUGAUUUUGUUCUUUUCUUAUCUGAAUUAUAUGGUUUUCUCAGACACUAUUAACAGAGUUGCUUUAGUAUGGAGUUUAGUAAGGACAGUUAAAAUGCACCAAUAAGUAAAGCACAUUCAGGCUGAGCAUCCUCCAUAGUGUGCUUUGACUAGUGAACAUUUCUGAAGACAGGCGGUGACCAUUUUUAAAAUAUGGUGUUUUUAUAU